AUGCAGCCCAGCUUCCACGGCCUGCGGGCCCUGGUGACCGGUGCAGGGAAAGGGAUCGGCCGGGACACCGUGAAGGCGUUGCAUGCCCGGGGUGCCGGCGUGGUGGCCGUGAGCCGCACCAAUGCUGACCUGGUCCACCUUGUGGAUGAGUGCCCUGGGGUCCAGCCCGUGUGUGUGGACCUGGGUGACUGGGAGUCCACCGAGCGGGCGCUGGCUGGUGUGGGCCCCGUGGACCUGCUGGUCAACAAUGCUGCCGUGGCGCUGUCACAGCCAUUCCUGGAGGUCACCAAGGAGGCCUUCGACAGGUCCUUCAGUGUGAACCUGCGCCCCGUGUUCCAGCUGUCCCAGAUGGCUGCCAGGAGCAUGAUCCAGCGUGGCGUGCCUGGCUCCAUCGUCAACGUCUCCAGCAUGGUGGCCCACGUCACCUUCCCCAACCUGUCCACCUACAGUUCCACCAAGGGCGCAAUGACCAUGCUGACCAAAGCCAUGGCCUUAGAGCUGGGGCCACACAAGAUCCGAGUGAACUCGGUGAAUCCCACGGUGGUGCUGACCGCCAUGGGCCGGAGGGUCAUAGAGGACGCCGAGCUGGCCCAGAAGCUGAAGGCGCGCCACCCGCUGAGGAAGUUUGCAGAGGUGGAGGACGUGGUCAACAGCAUCCUCUUCCUGCUCAGCGACCUCAGCGCCUCCACCAGCGGCUCCUGCAUCCUCGUGGACGCCGGCUACCUAGCCUCCUGA